AUGUCAACUUUGGAUACAGCUGAAGGCGUUACGAAAUUCUUGAGAUCCAAGGAUGCGUCUAUUUCUGAUGUUGUUGAAAAGGCAAAUAACUUAUUAGAUGGUACAUUGGAUAUAUAUUUACCAGGAAAAAAUCUAUUUGUUUUAAACUUAUUGUGUGAUCGAUUAAAUGACAAGUCAAAGGGAAAAUUUGGUAAAUGGAAGUUUGACUCUGAAGUGUGGGAAUUAUUGAUUAAAACUUGGUAUGAUUUAAAUGGAAAUGUACUGGAAAGACAGAGAUCUAUUCAAAAAUUGAAGAUUCUUGAAACUGCUAUUAUCCUUCUCAAUCAGAGUAAUGACAAUAAUGUUUUGUCACACAUGUUUAAGUUUCUUCAGAUUUUAGUCACUGAAUCAUACAUUGAAUCAGACGAAAACUUGGUGAUUCAAUUAUUGAAAAGCUUUGUUGAACAUAAGGAUUUACCAGAAGAUCAACAGAAAGUUUUGACAUGGAUUGAAUUAAUAUAUGAUAUAUUUACAAGAGCUACACUGAAAAUUAGUCUUGAAGGAUCAAAGAAAUUGUAUACUAAAUUCUUUGAAGAGUGUGCCUUUUCGUUAACCAACUUCUUGUUAAUAUCAAAUCAGCAGUUAUCGUUUCACAUAGUUGAAAAGUUGUUAGUCCACGGGAUUUUUAAUGAAGACUCCAUCCACUACUUCCAAUCUAACCUUGAAAGAUCAUUGAAGAAACAAGACGUAGAUAGUAGAAUCUUAAUUUACUUGUACCAAAAAGCAGUGGAUCAAUUGGCUUCAAAAAAUAUGAAAGUGUGUGAAGAAUCAUAUUCUUUGAUAUCGUCCAAAUAUCCGGAGUUAUCUGAAAAGUUGUUAUCCAUAUUGGCUGGUUCGAACAAGACUAUAUCACAUGAAUUCAUUGAAACAAUUUACAAAGCAGAAAUUGGAGAUAAAAAUUUCAAGGAGUUAAACUGGGAAAUGGUUAAGCAUAUUUUUGAAAUUGAUAGUGAAUUAGCAUCCAAAAGAUCAGGUUUCUUGUUCAAAACAUACCAGACUCAUUUUGGUUUAGAUGACAAGGUAUUACCAGUUGGUAAAAUUAUUGUGGAGGGUUAUUUAAAAAACCGUGAGUUGACAGAAUUCUUUACCAAAAUCUGGCCAAAAGCAAUUAAAAGAGAUGAAUUAUGGGAAAGUGAAAGUUUCAUAGAUACCGUUGCAGAAACAGUCAAGUCAUUUUCCGGGAAACAAUUGAUUAAUGUUAUUGAAACAUCUUAUACCCUUGAAUUGGGAUGCCACAGGGCUAUCUUCACUGCUAUUACCAAAGGUCUCACAUCAUCUCCUCCAAGGUUAGUCGAAGCUGUCAAGUCAACUUUGUUGGACCAGAAUACAUACUUUAACUCAAAGGAGAAUUUUUGGACUAUUCGAUACCAUUUGCUUUGUUGUUACGGUAAGGAAUUUGUAGUUCCUGAAAAGAUUCUUGUUCCAGAUAUUGAUUUAUAUUAUCAUUUUACUGUUUUCAGAUUGUUGGAAUUGCAAAUAGUUACAGAAUAUUCAAAGUCAAAUCAAGAAUACUUUAUGGCUACCAUUAAGGAUUACACUAGUUCAUUAUCCAAAAUAUUCAAAAGAUGGCUAGUUAUUUUCAACCAUUACUUUGACGGAGAAACAUUAUCAAAACUUUUAGCAUUGGCUCAUACUCAAUUAAAUUUCAAUGAUGUUUUCUUUGAACAAACUAAAUUGACUACCGCGUUAAUCAAGUUCAUUAUUGAUGAUAUCAAUGAGCGGGUACCAUUGCUUAGACAAAUCCCAAUAGUUUGUUUCAACAAAUCCCAAAAGAAAAAGAUAAUCAAUAGUUUACUUGAACUUGCCACUGCCAAAUCCGAUGAAAGAAUACUUCAAACUAUCAAGUACAUGCUUCUUCAACCAAGUCUCCUGUCUCGAUUAGAAACCGACUCAAAGAGUUUAUUGAAAUUGGUUGCAGUGGCUAAUACCAAGACUAAAAAUAUUACUACUGAGAUUGUUAAGAUUGUCUGGAGAAACAAUGUGCAACAAAUCAAGAGAGAAGAUAUUGAAGAUUAUGUCAUUGACUUACUCAAAUAUUUGAAUGACUAUCUCUCUUUGGGCAAGAACAAUUUAACUGAAGUACCAGAAACUGAACUUGCAUUAGUAAUUCUUUCAAAUACAAGUGAAGAGUCGUUGCCACAAGAAGUUACAUCAGCAUUUACUGAGUUAAAGACGAAUUUCACGAAAUAUUGCAUUGACGGUUUGAAAUCUGGUAAUAAUAAUAAUAACAUAUCAGCUACAAACUGGUUGAUCAGAGCAUUGGUUGUUUGUUCAACUGACACCUUGAAUUAUGAGGACGUUAAAGCCUUUUUGACUAGUCUUGAUGAAGAGGUACUCAAUGAUAACAAUAUUCAAACAAUUGUAUUCCAAUUGGUAUGUCAAACAAUGCCACUCGAUUAUAAAGGUGUUAUUUAUAUCUUGGGAUUGUUCAUUGCAUUACAAUCUCAAGGCGACUUGCAAUUAUAUGAUUGCUUAAAUGAGUUCCUUCAAAAGGUAUCCCUGGACACUCAACUAUUCUCCAAAGCAUACGACUAUUUCACUGAAUCAAGUAAAGAUGUUCCUUCUGAGUUUACAAAGAGUUUUGUGCAAAUGGCUUGUGGGUUCUUAAACUCGACCACUAAAGAUGUCGCUAAUUGCAACAGGUACAAUACAGAAUGCUUUUCAUUCUUCAUUGAUUCCAUUAAGUCUGAAAAUGAAAAUGUCAUAUUGUUAGUAUUGUCGAAUUUACGUGAUUUAUUGACAAGCAAAUCUUGGAUGUUCAAUCAAUACCUUUUGGAAACCACUUUAGUGAUAAUCAAUUCUGUUGUACAAAGACUUAUGGACUUUAAUGACCAGGAAGAAAUUUACAUACUAGCAUCACAAGUUGUUUCACACAUUUUAUUGUAUCAUCGUUUCAAAAUUGCUACUAGACAUCAUCUUAUUUUGAAUUUUAUAUCGUCAUUAUUGGAACCAUUGGCUAAUAUUAACAAAUCCACUAAAUUGACUGCUAACGAAAAUGCUGCUGCAGCAUAUGCCAGAUUAUUAAGUAACUUGUGUGAACCAAUCGAAAGAGUCGGAGACAAAAUGACACAUUUAACUACUUCGUCAAACUAUUUUAAAAAAGUUUUAAGAAAGCAUUUACCUGUUUUAUUAAGCAAUUAUAUUCAUUUUAGUUUAAAAUACACUUUCAGUCGUACAGUCAAUGAUGCUAUCGUUUUGGGAAUGUAUAGUGUAUUUGACGUAUUAUCACAGUCAGAAUUGAGAAUUGUUAACGCUUCCUUGGAUUACGGUGGUAGAUCAUUGUACAAGACUCUUUACAACGACUACAAAGAACAUGGUAAAUGGAAGGACAACUGA